GUUUGCACCUGACGCGCAUUAUCCGGAUGUACUCAACCGGCAUGUCCUUUCUUGGCCAAUCACGCCAUGAGCACGACGACGUACUACACGUUCGCCGCGUUCCUCGGGCCCGAUGUCGCGGCCACGUAUCUUGAGCUGCCGCCGCUGGAGCAGAUCGCCCACUUUGAAGCGUACCUUGCGUACUUGACAGCGCAGGAGGUGCACUUUCCGACCUCCAAGCGCGCCACCAAGUGCCACGCCGAGCUGCGUGCACUGCCACGCGACGACCUGCCGCUGCUGCCGACGCUGCUGGACGGUGCGACCAUCAGCGGCUUUGGCGUCUGCGGCUCUCCGGACGGUUUUCUCGCGCAGCAGUCACUAAGCCUCGGCGCUGCCUACUUGGCGACCGAGGUCCAGCACGCCUACGUGGUGGAAAACCCGACGGUUCUCAACAGUCGCAGCUUCAUGUUUGGCUGGUGCCACGCCGAGAAGCAAAAGCUCGUCGACCUCCACGAGAAGCUCAAAGAUGCAGCCGAUGCGCGCGUGUACUGGCGGCACGUGUCGAUCGUCGUCGACCGCGCCAUGUGCCCUGACUGCAUCGGCUUUGUCUCGGCGUAUGCCAAGUACUUUGACGUCGACGUAUACGUCAAGGACCCUGCGUGCGAGCGCGAGUUCCAAGCCUCGGGCGAUAUCUGUAACGUGCUUACAUAACCAAACCAGUGUUUACACCGGUAUCUCA